CAGCUACCACCACUGCCAUGCCCAACUCAGUGCUGUGGGCAGUGGACCUCUUUGGGAGAGUGUCCACGCUCUCCACGGCCGGCCAGUACUGGGAGCUGUGCAGGGACACCCAGCUGGAGUUCAAGCGGGUCAGCGCGGCCACGCAGUGCUGCUGGGGCAUUGCGUGCGACAACCAGGUCUAUGUGUAUGUGUGUGCCAGUGAUGUCCCCAUCCGCCGCCGGGAGGAGGCCUAUGAGAAUCAGCGCUGGAACCCCGUGGGCGGCUUCUGCGAGAAACUCCUGCUGAGUGACCGCUGGCUCUGGAGUGACGUGAGUGGGCUCCAGCAUCGGCCGCUGGAUGGGGUGGCACUGCCUUCGCCGCACUGGGAGUGGGAGUCCGACUGGUACGUGGAUGAGAAUUUUGGAGGGGAACCCACCGAGAAAGGGGGGUGGACCUAUGCCAUUGACUUUCCUGCCACCUACACCAGAGACAAGAAGUGGAAUUCUUGUGUGCGGCGGCGGAAAUGGAUCCGUUACAGGAGAUACAAGUCCCGGGACACCUGGGCCAAGAUCCCCUCAAAGGAUGACCCCAAGCAACUGCCCGACCCCUUCAACGACCUCUCUGUGGGGGGGUGGGAAAUCACAGAGGAGCCCGUGGGCCGCCUGUCAGUAUGGGCUGUGUCUCUGCAGGGAAAGGUGUGGUACAGAGAGGACGUCAGCCACUCCAACCCUGAGGGCUCAUCCUGGUCACUGGUGGACACCCCCGGGGAGGUGGUCCAGAUCAGCUGUGGGCCCCACGACCUCCUCUGGGCCACCCUUUGGGAGGGGCAGGCUCUGGUCCGGGAAGGAAUCAACAGGAACAGCCCCAAAGGAAGUUCUUGGUCCAUCGUGGAGCCUCCUGGGCCUGAAAACGGGAUCAUGCAUGUCUCCGCGGGAGUCGGCGUGGUCUGGGCCGUCACCAAGGACCGGAAGGUGUGGUUCCGAAGGGGCGUCAAUUCUCACAAUCCCUGUGGCACCAGCUGGAUCGAGAUGGUUGGAGAAAUGAUGAUGGUGAACGUGGGCCUGAACGACCAGGUCUGGGGUAUCAGCUGUGAGGACCGAGCCAUGUACUUCCGUCAGGGUGUCACCCCCAGUGAGCUCAGCGGGAAGACAUGGAAGGCCAUCGUCGCAGCUCGAGAGUGUGAUCGGUCGCACUCCGGCAGCUCAUCAAGUCUUCUCAGUGCUGGCUGCUUCUUUGGUGAUGAGGUGAGAGGCAGCGGUGAGUCUGCGCCCAGCGACACCGAUGCCUCCUCGGAAGUGGAGCGACUGGGGCCUGGCCAGCCUCUUCCUGCAGAAUCUCUGGAUGACUGUGGAAACCCCAAGGGGAGCUCGGCCUUGGGCCCAGGGGCCAGCAGGAGUGCAGAAGGUGCCAUGGAGAACACCUGCCCAGCCGAGGGCAACAGGGAAACUGACCCCAACAAACACCCCAGGCCAGCACCCACCCUGGCAGAGCUGCCCUGGACCAAUAUUGACCUAAAGGAGCCCAAGAAAGUGCCCAGCCAUUCAGCCACUGGCUUACCUGAGACCACUGGCCUCUCCUCACUGGGGCUCCUCCCACUGGGUUUGGAGGAGCCCUAUGGGGUGGAUGACCACCCGCUGUGGGCCUGGGUGUCUGGAGGUGGCUGUGCAGUAGAGGCGUGCACCAUGCCCAAGUGGUUCACUGUCCCAUCGGGCCUGGCCCCCUCGGUGCAGACACUGUCCCUGUCCAUCACGCCAGCCCAGACUGCCACCUGGAGGAAGCAGAUCUUUCAGCAACUCACGGAAAGGACUAAGCGGGAACUGGAGAAUUUUAGACACUACGAGCAGGCCGUGGAGCAGUCGGUGUGGGUGAAGACAGGGGCCCUGCAGUGGUGGAGCGACUGGAAGCCCCACAAGUGGGUGGAUGUGCGCGUGGCACUGGAGCAGUUCACAGGACACGAUGGCGUCCGGGACAGCAUCCUCUUCAUCUACUAUGUGAUCCAUGAAGAGAAGAAGUACAUCCAUGUGUUCCUCAAUGAGGUGACAGCGCUGGUCCCAGUGCUCAACGAGGCCAAGCACUCCUUUGCCCUGUAUACCCCUGAGAGGACACGGCAGAGGUGGCCGGUGCGAUUGGCUGCUGCCACCGAGCAGGACAUGAACGACUGGCUCGCCCUGCUUAGCCUGUCUUGCUGCGAGAGCCGGAAGGUCCUCGGCCGCCCAUCCCCACAGGCCAUCUGGUCAGUUACCUGCAAGGGGGACAUCUUCGUGAGCGAGCCCAGCCCGGAACUGGAGGCCCACGAGCACCUGCCCUGUGACCAGAUGUUCUGGCGGCAGGUGGGAGGCCACCUGCGGGUGGUGGAGGCCAACAGCCGGGGUGUGGUGUGGGGCCUCGGCUACGACCACACGGCCUGGGUGUACACGGGCGGCUACGGCGGUGGCUGCUUCCAAGGUCUGGCCAGCAGUACCAGUAACAUCUACACACAGUCAGACGUAAAGUGCGUGUACAUCUAUGAGAACCAGCGCUGGAAUCCCGUCACGGGUUACACCAGCAGGGGGCUGCCCACGGACCGGUAUAUGUGGAGUGACGCCACGGGGCUGCAGGAGUGCACCAAGGCCGGCAUGAAGCCCCCAUCCCUGCAGUGGACCUGGGUUUCCGACUGGUUCGUGGAUUUCAGCAUUCCUGGGGGCACUGACCAGGAGGGGUGGCAGUACGCCAGCGACUUCCCUGCCUCAUACCAUGGAUACAAAACCAUGAAGGAUUUUGUCCGGAGAAGGUGCUGGGCCAGAAAAUGCAAGCUGGUGACCAGCGGGCCCUGGCUGGAGGUGGCCCCCAUCGCCCUCAGGGACGUGUCCAUCAUCCCCGAGAGCCCAGGCGCCCACGGGAGGAGGCCCAGCAUCGCACUCUGGGCCGUCAGCGACAAGGGGGACGUGCUGUGCCGCCUGGGUGUGUCGGAGCUCAGCCCCGCGGGCUCCUCCUGGCUGCACGUGGGCACUGACCAGCCCUUCACCUCCGUCUCCAUCGGUGCCUGCUACCAGGUGUGGGCCGUGGCCCGAGAUGGCUCUGCCUUCUAUCGGGGCUCUGUGUCCCCCUCUCAGCCAGCCGGUGACUGCUGGUACCACAUCCCAUCUCCUCCCAGACAGAGACUGAAGCAGGUGUCGGUGGGUCAGACAUCGGUGUACGCCUUGGAUGAGAAUGGGAACCUGUGGUAUCGCCAGGGGAUCACACCCAGCUACCCACAAGGCUCCAGCUGGGAGCAUGUGUCCAACAACGUGUGCCGGGUCUCCGUGGGGCCCCUGGACCAGAUCUGGGUGAUCGCGGACAAGGUGCAAGGGAGCCACGGCCUGAGUCGGGGGACAGUGUGUCACCGCACGGGCGUGCAGCCACAUGAGCCCAAGGGCCAGGGCUGGGACUAUGGCAUCGGGGGAGGCUGGGACCACAUCUCAGUCCGGGCCAAUGCCUCCAGGGCCCCCCGGGGCACGUCCCGGGAACAGGAGCCCAGGGCCCCACCCGAAGCCCACAGGCCUGUCCACUGCUGAAGCCAUUCCUGCCCACCUGGACGCUGGGACGGUGCUGGAUGUGGAGGGUCAAGGUCGAGCCAUUCUUGGGCUUAAGUGUGUCGUGGAACAAGUGUCACCAGGUGGACUCAAGAGGGAACCUGGUCCAAGGCCGUGGCCACUUCAGAGGCACUGCCCAAAAGGCCUAGAGAUGUGAAACGAACGUUCCCACACAUGUCCCCAUCUGUGAGAAGCACUGUGGGGGGUGGAGUGGGGGCUGCACCCCCAGCGGCCUUAGCCCCUUCUGCCCCUUCCUUCCCGUCUGCCUCCCACCUUUCUGGGCCAGACAC